UGUAACAAAGACGUGUUGCGAACUUUUUGGCUACUUAGGAUGUCACAAAUUAUUUGACGCUGGCUGUACCUACAUAGACGUUAAUUUAAGCACAAGACUUUAAAAAUACUUGUUGGUUGAUUGUUGUAUUACUAACUUAAUAGCAAAUUAUUAUGAAGUUUUAAAAUUAAAAAUAAUAUCCGUAGUCUUCAUAUUGCAAAAAUAAUAUAAAUCAAUGUUUAUCACAUUUUAUGAAGUUACUAAAUCUGAAAAAGAAAUAUUUUUAUCUCUAUGUUAAAAAUAGUUAUAUUUACAUUUUUGUAAAUAGCAGUACAUACCGUUUACAGUUAAAUUAGUUAUAACCGUUUUAUCUGUUUCUCUUUUUUCAUCAUCUUACGGAAUCGAGAACAUACUUUUUAAAGUUCUACAUGAUCCCACUCGAGGCCAAAGAGAUAGAAAUAGAUGGAUUAAGUUAAAAUCCUGUGUACAUACGCUGUAAACCUGUGAAAAUAUAUUUUUAAUGUUAUUUUAUUGUAAAAUAAUGCUUUUUUGUACAAAGUUGUGAAUUUCUUACUAAAAUUAUAAUAUUUGAACUGACUACACACAAAGAUUUUUUUUCGGCCAUUUCUAGAUCUAAAUUCGAGGGUACUCGGAUUUUUGCUUAUGAAACUAGUUCACCCAAAUCCUAAAUAAACGAUGGUACGUUACCUAACUCCUACGAUUUUUCUAAUAUUUUAAGCGUACGAGUUUUCAGCGCUAAUUCAAUCGAUAUCCAAGGCCUUUAUCGGACGUCUUUCCCAAUAAUUUGAACUUGAAAACCAUGGUUUACCACACCAUUGUGUGCGUAAGUAUGCGCAGACUCAACUGCAGUAAACACGCAUUGUGUAAGCCGACGCUCGACGCGGCGACAUGGCGAGAACUGUUGUGUUGAUUUUCUUACUCGAAGCGAUUCCAGAAUCGCCUUUGAAAUUGAACAAAACAUUGCAAGAAACUCUACCAAAGUUGCCCACUGACCCCCAUCACACCAUACAAGAAUGCAAUCCGAAUCUUGCCGAUUCUGUUCUCCAAAAAGCUUAUCUGGAAAUGAGAAAAAAUAAUUCCAAUUGGAAACUAUUUAAAACCAAAGAAACUCCGAACGAACAUGUUGAUACAAUUUUUGAUAACUCUAUACCAGAUUCAGAUGAGAAUUCGCUCGAAAAUAUACAACAGUACUUCGAAAAAAAUAUCCUUACAAAUGAAAAAGACAAUAUUAAUGAACCCAUGAUAAAAGAAAAUAGAAGCCAUUCGAAAAGUAUUCGUCCGAAAAGUCCGCCAUUUUUGGUCUCCAUAUUUGAAACGCUGUCAAACGUCACUGCGCAGACUUGCGCGGGUAGUUUGUUGUCCGCGCACUGGGUGGUUACCGCUGCAACCUGCGUCGGCGUCUUGAACGAGUUGGAUGGAAAUGGUGCUAACAGCAAAGAAAGGAGCCGCUACACAAUAGUGGCAGGGUCCACGGACCCCCUCAUAGAUGGGUCUAUCCACAACGUCACCGACAUCCUUCUCCAACCUUCAUCUAAACACCAUAAAAAUGGCGAGACCUCUGCUUCCUUCAAUCCACGUUUGGCCAUGAUGAGAAUCAGUCCAGGACUAGCAGUUAUGAAGAUGAGGAUACUGAAUGAUGGAAAUGUUUCGGAUGCUGUGGUCUAUGGAUGGACCUUAGCUACAAAUGAGCCAAGCCACGACGCGAUGCUCCCCAUUUCCCUCCCGGUCAAGAAGACGAGCUCGAGUCGGUGCCGAUCCCGAGACGGUGAGGUGACGUCACCAACGGCUCUGUGCUUCAGUCCUGCUGUGCCAGUCACGUCUAAUGCUACCAAGUUGGGCGUGGGCGGUCCAGCGCUGGUCAACGGGCAAAUGCUGGGGGUGGUGUUGGACGACCGACUGCCACUACUGGUCGAGCCUUUAGGGGCACUCGCGUGGGUACAAGUACUAUUAAACGUUGACUCUUUGUGAAGGUUUGCAUUUUAUUUAUAAACAAGAUAGGGUUCAACUUUAUUUAACUAUUUCUUAUUAUACUUCGUCGCUGCAUCCUCGAGAUUUUCAUAUUUACCAUGCAGUCCAUAUUGUGUAUUACCAGAAUUUAGCUAACAAUUUGGGUUCGCAAGUGUGGUGGCACCGCAGACGUGCCAUCCAUCGGUUAAA